AUGUAUAUAAAUAAAAUUGGACCAUUUCAGUGGCGGCGUUUCACUUUCUUUGAUAUUCACAAUAAUGUAGACAAGAAGAAGAUUGCAGAAUGCUUACAAGACACCCAUAUUACUGUAUCUACAAGCGGAAAUGGCCAUGUUGUACUCUGUGAUGUGACAGGAUGGGCCCACUUAAUUACUAGAAAUUGGGAAGUAACUUCCUUUAAGGCAUAUGAGUUGACAGUUACACUUGCACAACAAUUGCCUCAUGAUCCCUACUUGGUUACCAUUGGGGAUGAUGAAGCAGGUGUAAAUCCCCUCAUCAAAGUAUGGGAUUGGUCUCGCAGCGACAGGCACGGGAAUCCUACGUGCGUGCGAGUAUCACGAGCUGUGCCCUCGCAUAUGCGCCAAACACCAGUCACUGCACUUGCUGUACAUGACAACAAGAAUCUCAUGGCAGUAGGCUUUCAAGAUGGUUCCGUGACUUUGUUUCGUAGUGACAUUGCGCGACAACGCAGUGGAAAAAUGAAGACAUUACCAGAUUCCGGCAUCAGUCCUAUUACUGGACUUGCUUUCAAGGGCGCGGACAAAUUGUUCGUGGUGUCCCGUGCGAGCGUGCUAGUGUACUGGCUGGGCACGGAGCGCUGCGUGACACUCGACACGCGCGGGGCGCCGCCCUCCUGCUGCGUGCUCGCCGACAGCCACCGGCUCACCGUAGCGAUCGACGAUGCCAUAUACUGUUAUACAACUGAGGGACGAGGUCCUUGCUACGCGCUAGAAGGCGAGAAAGUACGUCUAAACUGGUUUCGGUCGUACCUGGUCAUCACCACCAACGAACUCUCCGCCGCUUCCACCAGCUCCACACAAUCAGCGAAAUCUCAUCACAUCACCAUUCUCGAUAUACAAAACAAAUUCAUCGUGUUCUCCAAGACUUUUGAAGCCAUAGACGCGGUUAUAACGGAGUGGGGAUGUAUAUAUCUCCUCACGAAGAGUAAAGAGGUCAUAUAUUUGGAAGAGAAAGAUCUACAGUCGAAGUUGACUCUGCUAUUCAAGAAGAAUUUAUAUGAUGUGGCCAUAAGGAUAGCGAGCAGUCAGCAUUAUGACGUGGAAGGGCUUAUAGAGAUAUACAAACAGUAUGGUGACCAUUUGUAUGGUAAGGGUGACUUGAAAGGUGCAAUAGAACAGUAUGUAAAAACCAUCGGUUGGCUAGAAACCUCUUACGUGAUCCGCAAAUAUCUGGAAUCUCGUCACCUGGAGCCCCUUGUGCAAUAUUUAGAAGAGCUCCAUAAGAAAGGGUGCGCUACCGAGGACCAUACAACGUUACUACUCACUUGCUACGUGAAAAUAGAUCAGCACGACCAGUUGGGGAAGUUGAAAGAGUUUAUUAAUACCAAAGAUAAAGCCAUAGAUUUCGACGUAGAUGUCGCUAUUAAGGUAGUUCGUCAAGUUAGCGUUGAGGACGCUUUAUCAUUAGCGACAAUACACAAACGUCACGACUGGGUGGUGAAAUUGCUGGUGGAAGACCGUAAGGAUUAUUCGCGAGCCCUACAUUAUAUAGCUGACUUGGAAUUCGAACAAGCAGAGUUCUAUAUGAGGAAAUACGGACAUACACUUAUACAACACCAACCACAAGAGAGCACACAGCUAUUAAAAUUACUAUGCACGGAUUAUAAACCGCGCAGUAAGCCGCUAGUAGACGAGGCCACUCUCACCGGACGGACGCGGGAACCCGACCGCGCUCCGCCAGAAGACUUCAUACAUAUGUUCUUGAGUAACUCGGAACGACUCAUAGAGUUUCUAGAGCACAUGAGUGCGACUCCUGGCUGCUCCAAACUGGUGUACGACGCACUCAUAGAACACUAUAUACAUGUAUGGGCGAAAAGUACAGAAAACGAGAAAGCAGAGUACGAAGCGAAAAUUAUGAAGGUGCUCAAAGAUCCUGAGGCGAACUACGACAAGGAUCAGACGCUCGUCAUCUGCCAGAUGCUGGGCUUCAAAACCGGCAUAUUAUAUCUGUACGAGGAAAACAAACUAUGGCGUGCGCAGGUGGCGCUACACAUGCGCAGCGGCGACGCGGAGGGCGCGCUGGCGGCGUGCCGGCGCCGCGGCGGCGUGUGCCCGCGGCUGUGGCUCGACGUGCUGUGGUGGCCCCCGCCCCCCGCCUGCCUGCCCGAGCUGCUGCACGUGAUCGAUAGUCAAAAACUGUUGUCUCCAAUUCUAGUCGUUGAUUGUCUUACAAGUACACCGACCUAUACCUUGGGUGAUGUUAGAAAGUAUUUAAUGGACGUUUUAAAAUCAGAAAGCGAUGUGAUCAAUCGCGAACAAGAGUUAGCAGAGAAAUAUCGCAGCGAGAGUGAGAAGAUGAAGGCGCAGAUACAGCGCAUACAGCACGAGCCGGUCACCUUCCAGAGCUCCAGGUGUGCGGUGUGCAACAGACCUCUGGAACUGCCCACUGUACAUUUUCUAUGUCAACAUUCCUUCCACCAGCACUGUUUCCAGAGUUACUCCGAGUCUGAGUGCGAGUGCCCCACGUGUGCCCCGAGUGGGCGUCGGCCGCCGCAGCCGCAACACGCCGCGGAGGCGAUGCACGCGAGACUACGCACCGACCACGACCCAUACGCGGUAGUGUCAGAAUACUAUGGCCGUGGGCUGUUCAAUAAGCUGACUGUGGUGACGGGGUCGCAUGAAACGCCGCCCGCUUCCGCUCCAGCUCCCGCCCCCGCUCCUGCGGCCGCUCCCGCUCCCGCGCCCGCGCAAACGUACGGACCGGGUGCGGAGGCGAAACUAAGACUGCAAGAAGGACAUAGCAAGUUGGUGUCUACCAACUCGUCUAAGCCUGGUUCGGGCGUGGUGCCAGUGCCGGAGGGAAGAAUGCGCGCAAACGAGCGAGUUUUAGAACAACAACGCUACAGCUCCAGUCUUGAGGCCAAUCUCAACCGGCUAGAGCCAAUCAGGCAAAAGACUUCACCUCUAGCGUCGCCGAAACCAGGUAGGAGAGAAGAGCAAUCAGCCCGGGGUUCACCAAAGAUAUCAUCAGCUAUCGCCAAUGAGACCGCCAAGAACCCCUUCGAGGAACCCGUGUAUGAUGAAACCAAAAACCCGUUCGCUGACGACGAAGCUAACGACCCCACGAACCCUUUUGCUGAAGACGAAGAUUACGAUAAAAAUUUAAACCCUUUCUCUUGAACUGAUAAUAUGUAAUUUUAGGUUAUUGUGCAAAAUUUGAGGGCCAGAGCACGAUCAAUAAUAUUCUAGAUUCUCUUCCAACUUUUAAUUAUGAAAUAACUGGCAUAUAUUUAAAUAAAGUAAGAAAUGAUUUGGAUAUUAUAAAUAACAGCUGCGUAUGUAAAACUUCAAUAAAUUACGUCUUAGGUAUUACGAUAAAAAAGAAUUGAUUAUAGAAAGGUAAUUUGCGGAAUAUUUUUUUUAAAAGAAAUUCACGAUUUUUCAGUUCCCGUUAAAAGAUCUCUUAGUUUAAUAUAGUUAUAAUCAAAUGUGUUUAUUUAAAAUAUAUUACUUAAUACUAGAGAAAAGACAGAAGCACGUAUUAGGCACAUAAGCGCGAACCUUUUUUUUCUUACUAUCGAGUCAAAGAGUUCUUGCGGUGGCGCUUGAAUACGUGACAAAAUGGGGUAGUAUAGUAUAGUAAUGUAAAAAAAUUAAAAAUAAAUAUUCUGAUUUUGAGUCAUAAAAUAUCACGAUUAUCUUAUUAUCUUUAAUUUCGGGAUUUUCAUCUGUGUCUCACGUGAUUUAGAACACGACCCGCCAUGUUUAGUAAGAUUUGUCAUAAAAAGAUGCAUAUUUAUUAUAAAUCAAAUUUAUAGAUGGCGCUCUUCUUAACUUAUUUUUAUCUUUUCAUUUUGUAACCAGAUGGCACUGUUCUUGUCUGAUUGAUAAUCAAUACUCUAAGCCUCUGUUUUAUGUACAUUUCAUUUACGGAAUUACAUCAUAAAUAUAAAGGACAGCAAUUGGCGAAUAUAAAAAAAAUUAAUUUUUAUUAUAAAUUUUAGGCAAAAACGUAUUUAUCCGAAAUAUUUGUUUUAUAGUUAUAUAAAGAUAUGAAGUGGUAUAGUUUGGCGACAGAAGCAAUAAGUCACAACGAUCAGUAAUCACCAAUGAGUGCAUAGACGGAUUUGUAUGUUGUAUCAAAUUUUAAAACGUUUCAGGUAUAAAUUAAAGAAUAUCCAGAUUCCGUGUCCCCUACAAAGCGCAACGACGAAAGUGAAGCAGUUUGAAUGAACAAAGAGAUUUUCAUUUAUGUGAGUGACACGAGUGAUAACAGUAUACAAUGAUUACCCCAAAGUGUUGGAAAUUUUAAAUUAUUAAUAUGAUCAAUAAAAUUUCAAAAUGUCAUUUCUCAAAAGUAUAAAUGAUAUAUAAAAUACAUUGUAAGAAACGUGUUAAAUAAUGUAUCCUAAUAUACCCAAAACGUCAUUUUUUAAUUUAUUGGUAGAGAAUAAAUCACAAAGUUAUACCGAAAUUCAUCAUAUUUUCAUCUUUUGUUGUCAUUACACCUUUAGAUGUAAAUCACUUUGUAACCGAAGGAGUUAUGCAGCACUUUUAUUAUUAUAGUUUACGAGUGAUUAUUUAAAAGAGGUAAAAACCUAUUUUGCCGCAUAGUUAGUUAUCCAAUGUUCUUAUAUAUCGCAUUGUCGGACGCAUAUUAGUACCAUCAGUAUUUCAAAAUAAAGGUUAUUGAUCCAGUUGGAAAUGUAUAUAAAAACUUUUAAAAAAUAAAGCUUUUAUUUACAAAUUAAUAUAUAAUAAAACAAGGAUGCUAAUUUUGGUACAUUUUCUUGCUUAUCAAAGACAUGUUUUCAGUGGCUUCCCCCGCGUGGUCCCUAGGGAACUGCUUAGUGAGAUAAAAAGUGGUCGAUAUGUUAAUCCACGCUCAGACGCUCGCUGUAUACGAUUUAUUUAAAAAUACGGUAAGCAACAAUAUUAUAAAAAGGGGAAAUAAAUUUUACACCCAUAAGAGAAAUGUAUAACAUAUUAUAUUAUUUUACUCUUUGGUCGUUUUUAUCAGUUUUUUAUUUAAUACUAUAUAAAAAGAAAUACGCCAACAAAUUAAUUUCUUAUUAAUGAAAGGUCAUUCUUAAAAUCUUAUCUUUCUUGUGAAUAUAAUUUAAUCAUGAUUUCAAAACACAAACAUAAAUUUUAUUUAAAAAAAAUCUUGACAAAAAUGCGCGACGAACGUCAUUGAGAUUCUCUCGACAAGAC